CGGUGUAAACAGACCCGGGAGCCGUGAGCCCCGGAGGAGGCGCGGGCGGCGCCGCCAUGGACUUCCAGCAGCUGGCAGAUGUCGCGGAGAAGUGGUGUUCCAGCACGCCUUUUGAGCUCAUCGCCGCCGAGGAGACGGAGCGCAGGAUGGACUUCUACGCCGACCCGGGCGUCUCCUUCUACGUGCUGUGUCCGGACAACGGCUGCGGCGACAGCUUUCACGUGUGGAGCGAGAGCGAGGACUGCCUGCCCUUUUUGCAGCUGGCCCAAGAUUACAUCUCUUCCUGCGGCAAGAAGACACUCCAUGAAGUCUUGGAAAAAGUCUUCAAGUCCUUCAGACCUUUGCUGGGGCUUCCAGACGCAGAUGACGACGCGUUUGAAGAGUACAGCGCAGAUGUGGAGGAGGAGGAGCCAGAGGCAGACCACCCCCAAAUGGGGGUCAGUCAGCAGUAAACUCCUAAGUCACCUUGCAGAAGGGGAGUAAGCCCUGUGCACCCCAUGGGGUCUGCUGCUCCCGAUGGAGUUCUGUGCUCCUGGGGUAGCCCUUUUGCAUUAGCAUUUUAAAACAGGACAUCUGGCUCCUGGCAUCCGAAUGAAAAUGAAAUACCUUUUAAAUGACCACAGAAUAUCUGUGACGAGGUUUGCUCAGAAGUGACCGGAAUUGUGGCCCCACCUUGGCGGGGUCUCUAUGGAGAUGUCCUGGUAGCUUUUGCCCCUUUGAAGUUAGAGUCUGUCCGUGUUGUGGCUGCCUGUUCCCUCUUGAGUUUAUGUUGGAGGAUUAAUGUUUCCCAACUGGAAUGUAGAGAACUCUGAAUGUAUUAAGGAUGUGUUUUGAGUCCUCACAGGUGACCUUGCUGAGGAAAAGCAUGACGGAGGAGAAAUGCAGCCUGCACUAUGUGUGUACCUUUUAAGUGUCCGUAAGUGAAAGGCUUCGCUUAGAAAGCAUGAGUUUUCAUAUCUAGUCAUGAUCUGCACACGUGCAAGCGCAGAGGGUGAGGGUGGCUGAGGCUCCUCUGGAGAGCUCACCACUGUUGUGUUGGUUCCCCGGGCAUGUAGCAGCCAGCCACUGGUCAGUGUAGAUGUUUCCUGGGUAUUUGAUUGUUUUAAAGCAUGCUGCUUCCAAAGCCGCUUUUAAAGUCUAAUAAUGGAAAGUGUAGAUGGGGUGAAAGAUACAAGACUGGUUUCUUGACACUGUUUAUAAGCCUGCAUAUGAAACAGUAACCUUUUCUCUUUAUGAUGGGAUGGCAGCUUUACUUAAUCAUGAGAACAGCCCGGAUCUGAGCGAGUGCCCCUUAAGCUUUGAAGCCAUAGAUAAAUCUAACAGGAAAAGAAACUAGGAUAGAAAUAGUAAUAAAAUGAAAUCCUUUGCUUUCCUAAUCUUUUAUUCUUUAGAGAAUGUCAAGAAGGGCUCCCAGUGAGUUAAUUUAUUUAAAAUUAUAAUUAAAUGCUCUAGGGAACCUACUUGCAGUGAAAUUUUAAAGGGACCUGAAAGUAAGAAUCUUAAUUAUGAGAUUGCUUGGGUUACAAGAGGAUAAUUUAAUGAUCAGGACACACAGACAACUCCCAGGAGUAUCUGCUCUCAUCAUUUAGCCAGUAAGUACUUAGCAGGACAUUCUCUGAUGCCACUGUGAGACCCUUCCACACGUGUCUUAGGUUCUCAUAACUUAGGGUACAAGUGUCCCCUUGACAGUGCUUGGCUGCUCUGUGCAUCCAGUUUGGGCGUGUUUCAAACGUACACCCACACCACUUAUCUUACUGGUAUUUUAAAUUUAAAAAAGAAGAAGAAGAUGAUGAUGAAGAAGAAGAUGAUGAUGAAGAAGAAGAUGACCACGACCACUUGCUCUGACAGGGGCUUGUGCGGAUGGCCAGCAUGUCUGGGCAUUCUCUGUUUAACGCAGGGGCAGUUGGAAGAGUCCCAUGCUCCUUGGUGUAUUGUAGAAUUCCACUGCUGGGUGAUGUGACCCACUGGUUUCCAUCCGUGCUUUUGUGUGUGUUUUACUUUCUGGAAGAAACUUAUAAAUUUCAAGCCCAGUGACUUCUCUUGAAGUAGCUCAUUAGGAACGUCACGCUGAGUGCUCCUUCCAGGGUGCAAGGUUCAGCCUUUGAGUCCUGCCCAUCAUCCCACUUUGUGAGCACACAGCAGGAAAACUGAGCUCUCUGUCUUGUAGGUUCUGUCCAGGGCGGGUAACCUUCUUUUACAUAUGGUAGGUCGCACAAAUAUAUGGCUUUUAUGGCUAAAUGAGGACGCCUGAGCAGUUUACUCCAUUCUGAGGUAACCUGCAAUUUUAUACACAGAGGCUUCCAAUCUAAAUUUACAUGUGUUUGAACAUUAAUAUAAGAAGAAUUUUUAUCAAAAAUGUUUUAAACUUUGACUAGAUAUACUUGGUGUUAUCACAUUAAUGUUCUGUAUUUGUACAAGUUGAGCUAAGACCCCCCCCCUCUCCUAGUGGUGCAGCGGGCUGCUAAAAACUCUCCUCUUCUGCCCAGGGAUCAGGAAGCAUCCCUGGAUGUGGUUGAUUUCCACGGCAAAUCCCAGAGGCAUCAACAGUCCUUGCGAGCCUCCUUCCCUCUGCUGUUGUGUGUCCCUUCCAGUGUGGGCCUGUGCGCACACCCGAGCCUACCCGUUCCACAGUGAGACAGAUGGGACCCCUCCCAGCCUACAGAGGCAGGCAUUCUAGUGGCAGCCAUAGCAUGGGGGAAGGGUCUUUGGGAAUUAGGAGAGACACUUGCCCUUGACUGCAGGACACUGACAAGUUAUGUGACUUCUCUAUGAAACAGGGCAGUUUGCUCUUCCAGCUUUGAACACUGUCCUAAUACAGCUGCCAUAGGAAAGGAAGUCUGUGCGCAGAAGAGCAACAGCCCAGGACACCGAGGGACAUGGGAAAGAGAUACUUUGUAAUUUUGCCAAAGACAGUGUCUUUAAGUUGCUGGUCAUGCAGCUACUUUAGAAUAUGGUGGUCAGCGGAUAUCCAGAUCCCCGGAGCCUGGGGUGGGCUCUAUCCCAGGCAGCUGAUGAGAUUCUGUCACUUUGAGAGGUGGGUAAGCAGAGGUCCCAGAAGAUCGUUUGUGUCUGUUGAAUGUCAGUAUCAGGUGGAGCUGCUCUGUGCCCCCACUACGCUGAAGGCUUUGGAGGUGGUAGGCAGGUAACCCAAGAGGGGAGACUGGCGUGAAGACUAGCUGGAGGAGAACGGCAGUGAACACUUUGCUUGUCCUAUCACUCAGGAAAGUGACAGUGCAGACAGAGACAGUGAGAGAAAACAUCCUGGGAAGGACUGAUUGCAUGCUGACCGAUGUGACCAGCCAAAAUCUGAAUUGGCCACUGACAGCACUCCAGAGGCAGAUCCUAUCCCUCAGUGACCCACGGAGACAUUUUUCUCAUAUAUGUCAGGUUACUUUCCUCUGCCUGGUGAUGGCAUUGAGCCAAGCGGGCUUCAGACAUCGAAGACCAGAGCCAGCGUGCGGAGCGAGGCCCGUGCAGUGCCGAGCUAGCAUCACUAGGGUUCAGUCAGAUCGAAGGGUCCACACUUGUGACUCCUGGGCUCCCUGCAGCACACGAUACAUUCUCUGUUUCCAUGACCAGAGCGCAAAAUGUCUGCUACGUGAGGAGAUUGUCCUUGCACACUGGUGCCAGAACUAGGUUUUCAGUGUGCUUACGUCAGACUGUGUCUGGGGUGUGCAACCCCUGCUCAGUACAGGCAGAACUGUUCUCUCGCACAAUGCCAUGUCUCUGAUCAUUGUUUCAGUUUCUUCUCCGAGCACAAAGCAUAUGUUCAGGGUGUUGUGAUCCCAGACUGGAAUUUUUAGUUUUUGCAUGUUAAAACUCACCAGUUGGGAAACAGUUUAAUCAAAUCUGUUUUUUUUUUUUCCAGUGAGAGGAAUGUAGGGAUGGGCAAGACAUAAUGUGUGUUGGGAGAAGGUGGACAGGUGCAGGUGGUGAGUUAGGUCUCCGUCCAUCUGAGGUGUAAAGAAAGCACAUAGCCCUCCCAUACUUACCUUCUGGGACACAGGACGACUUGUGUCCUUGGCUCUUUCUAGAGAACUGGGUGCUUAGAGGAUGCUGGUAAUGGCUCUGUGACUUUCACGAUGUCCCCUGCCAAGCCAAAGGCACAGCAAGUGUCCCGCACACCUGGUGGAAUUCGUCUCCUUAAAAGUAAAAUCGGCCACUAGCCAGGGAAGCUUGCCCUCAAGAGUGCUGGCUCAAGGGGGGCUGUGAUGGCAGAAUGUGGGCCAUACCCACUCUCUCCUCCUCUGGUUUUUUCCAGUGAGAGGAAUGUAGGGAUGGGCAAAACUUAAUGUGUGUUGGGAGAAGGUGGACAGGUGGGGGUGAGGAGUUAGGUCUCCGUCCAUCUGAGGUGUAAAGAAAGCACAUAGCCCUCCCAUACUUACCUUCUGGGACACAGGACGAGAAGUGCUCCGGUGUCAGUGAAACUCGGGGGGGGGGGGGCUCUUGUCCCUGGAACAAACCUUGAGGGAGAUGCCAUGCAUGGCUUCUUGCAUCCUCUCCAGAGAUGCAUAAAACGUCUUUACAUUAGAAACCCUCCUCCCUCACACAAACCCGGCGAGUCACUUUGGUUUGAUGGUAGCUAGCGUGACGUGAGAAGCUGAGGUCCUUUAGGUUUUGUACAGAGCAGCUGUAAAACGUGCUGGGACACUAGCAGCCUGUGGUCGGCAGCCAUGACCUUGAGCAUUUCCUGUUAGAAACCCCAUUCACCACACUGCAGCCUGAGUAGUUCCAAGCAGUUAAAAGUGUGCACCAAACUACGUAGGAUUUGCGUUCAGUUUGAUUAGGACUGCGAUCGGGUGGUCCAGUGUGGGGGGAAAGCUGACAGUGUGCUCGUCAUAAUCCACCUUUCCCUGGGCUUUCCUUUUUGUCUCUCAAGGUUCUGUUUUAGCCAGAACCUUUUAAACUGGCAGAGACCAAUGCUCUAUACACAUGCCAGCUUUCUAAAAGGCACUAAAAUAAAUAUUCAGUGCUGGGCAAAUCCAAACCCAGCUUUCAGAUCAGUGCUUAUUUGUGUACAAGUGAGUUUUCUCCAGAGAAGCAAACCGGAAGGAACAAAAGCCAGGGACUUCGUUGUUUGUUUCUGGUUGUUAUUUUUAUUUUUUUAGACAGGGAGUUUUUCCUGUGUGAUGUGUGUGCUUUCUUUGAGUCUGUAUUUCCUCUCAGAGAGCUCUCUUGUAAGUGACAAACUGAAAUGGGUUGCCAAAAACUGUGUCCUUUGUUAAGAGGCUUCAGAGGGAACUGUGUAAAUUUUCUCUGCACCUUGUCCCAUCUGCUUCCUCCUCCCUCCCAUGAGAGCAAGGACCACAUCCGAGGAUGUAAUUACCAUACGCUUGCUAUUAAAGAGCCUUCCAGCCCUGG